GACAAAGUGCCCUCGACUAAAGUCUCUCCAAUGGGUGCUUCAUCGUCGGUACUACAGUUGCAGCUGCUGCAGCGACAUCGAAGAUGACGCAGACGAUCCUGAUGUCACUACCUGUAGUGUCCAGAUUAUCGAUGGGCUUGCCGAUCUGAUCACAUCGGCCAGACUAUUGCAUCUCACAAGCUUGGAGCUGACCAUGCAUCCUUACGAUGGACCUAUUCAGUCCACCCGAGACGCACUGUUGGCUGCCUUCGCCAAGCUUCUGAACAACCUUACCUUGCCCUUGACUCGUUUUGGCCUAUACGACUUUGAUAUCGACUCCCAUUUAACCUUCCCUGCAAUGCAGCGGCACUUUGCAACAAUCCGGUUCCUGGACAUUAGCAUGAUCCCCUCGGACUCAAGCUGGAUGGUGCAGACAAUCAUGACCUCGUGCCCAUUGUUGGAGGACUUUUCAGGGGACGUAAUUCGGGUGCUGGACAUGAUGGAGGGGGCGCCGUGGGUCUGUUUUGGACUACAGAUACUCCGUCUCGUUUUUGAAGUUGACCCGGAGAACCGCACUCCUGGAAGGACCAAGAAGGAUCAAUGCCUAUUUGCGUACAGGCAGUUAUCCAGGUUGAGUCGGCUCCGAGAACUGGAUUACCAUGGUAGGAACAGUACCCUAGAAGACUGGCACAAUGAAGAACGGCUUUCGUCUAUCCUUAUACAGUCAUCAAGGCACAACCGAGACCUGUGCUUUGAGCCGCAUAUUCAAGGUGUCCACGUCUAUUCCCAUCAUUACUGGCAUUCGGACUAUCCACGGCCAGAGGACUUUGAGCAAAAGUAGCACACGUCUUGAUAUAAAAUGCGCGAUGUACUGUAUUCACCCGAAUCCGGUCCACUUGCGCAGUACUCUGUUGUCUGUCAUAUUGAU